UAUUUUGACAUGUAACCUAAUUUUUUUGUCUCGCUUCUCUGCUCAUGAGUUCAGCAGCAGAUUGAUGGAGUGAAAACAAGGCUACGGUAAAGCAGUGGGUAAUAUUGCCAUAGUAACAGCAUCGUCUCCGAUUGGUGGAGCUCCAAUACUAAAAAUAAUGUAACUAGUUACAGAGGAAAUGAGGUCGUCUUCCCCUUAAACGCACUCUUAUUAGUGUGCUUGGGUUUACAUCCGGGAAUCUGUGUAUUAGAAGAACAGAACAUCCGAUAAACUCGCGUUUAAAAAAUAAUAAUAAUUCUUUUAAAAGGCAGCUCGUGGUCGUGAAUAUAAAAAAAAGCAACGUCACUUAUUACAGCAUGCAAUCCCUCUCGCACGAGCUGCAGAAUUUCUCUAGAGCGCGCCUCAAGAAACAGAGCACGCGAAUCACUACGGCUACCGGGAAGGUCCUUGUGGAAACGCGAAGCGGCGAUGAUGGUUAUGUAGUAGAAGCAGCAGAGGAGAGCGCCACCUGCGGGUUUGUCCAAGAUCUGAGUUUGGACCUUCAAGUGGGCGUCAUUACACCCUUUCUCCUGCUCUCCUCACAGGACGCCGCCAGUGACACUGAGACUUUGAGAAAAUUCAAGGUAACUCAUGUAUUAAACGUUGCCUGUGGAGUGGAGAACGCCUUCCCUGGGCACUUUAUCUAUAAAACUGUUCCUAUGAUGGAUCUGCCAGAGACAGAGCUCACCUCCUACCUCCCACAGUGCUUUGAGUUCAUCGACGAGGCCAAAAAACAGGAUGGAGUUGUGUUGCUCCACUGUAAUGCGGGCGUGUCCCGCUCUGCCUCUAUUGCCAUUGCUUAUCUAAUGGCGAAGGAGAAGAUUCCGUUUGAGGACGCGUUUAACCGAGUCAGAUCAGCUCGUCCUUCAAUACGGCCAAAUGCUGGCUUCCUGGUUCAGCUCACGGAGUAUCACCCAUGAUUCAUCACCAACACUUACUGCUGCAGCUCAUCAUGCACUGUGGACAUUUCAAAUUCAGCACUCCUAUUUAAAUGUCUGUAAACUGCAGCACGCUGAAACUACAUAGUAAAGACAACUGUGGAUCUGCUUGUUUUUGAUGUUACAAUUUCAGAUUCAGAUUUGACAUGUAAAAUAACUCAACAACUUAAUGCAAAGAUUUACAUUUUAGUCACCUUUGAAACCACAUUAGUUGUAGAAGGCUUUAUGUUCCAGCGUUCUUCACUUAACAAGGACACAAGACAACAUUUACUGUGAUGUGGGGAAAAAUAAAACUGAGCUUUGCAAAAAAAGAAGUGCUCACAAUGA